AUGAUGAACGAACAUGUUUGGUGGGAUAUAUCUGAAACGGCCAUGGACACGUUGCGAAACUGGCCCCAUUUUCCAAACGUUCCGAACAAGCGUUCUUUCAUAACGGACUUUCAUAGCAGAACAGUCAACGAUUCAACGAAUAAAGCACUAAGAAUUUUUGGUUUGAUCCAUCCGGAAGUUGAUGGCAAGUACACGUUUGCUAUCACAUCAAGUGGCCCAUCUGAGCUUUGGUUGAGUCCGAAUGAGCACCCCGCCUGCCGCCAAAUGAUCGCACGUGUCUACUCGCCUGAUGAGUGGGCUUCCACCUUAAAAGAAGAGUAUAAUAAAUACCAUGGCCAAAUAUCUAGUGAAAUCUCGCUUUGUGCUGGCAAGAAAUAUUACAUGGAGUCACUUGCAGUGAACAGGCAAAGUUCUGAUGAAAACUUUGUCACGGUUCAUUGGCUGAACACUUCCGCUUCAAAAAACUCGAACUUUAGAAUUAUUUUAUCCAAGUAUUUAUCUCCUUUUUAUGGCACCAAUAGUUUAGAACGAAGUCCCCGCCGGUGCAACAGCGGCACUGAAAGCAAUUUGCAGGAACGAUUUCUUCGUCUGCCACUGAUGAACAGAAUGGAGUACAUGACUUUAUUUCCAACUUGCCCUUACAAUCCCAGUUUCUUGGUGCGCAGAAAGCUCAAACGUUACCAGGGAGUGUGGCUGACAAAGGAAUCCCUUGUGUUUCCGCUAGACGAUACCGAUAUGUCUAGCAAAGAACAAGUUAACAAAUGGGCAUCACCCAAUCCUGUAAUAAACAAGAACAGAGUUGAGUGCAUUGUAAACGAGUUUACGAACAUUUUACGGCGGAAGUAAGUGGCGUUACUUUCUUAAAAAUUUAACUAAUAUUCAGGGGUAAUUAGUGUGUAUGUGUUUUUUCUUUCAAGUAGAAACUUACGCAUGAUGUCGAAAUGGAUUGUAUACGAACAACCCCAGCUGCUUUAUAUACAUAGCUGCUCCAAAUGUUUGCUAACUGAGGAAGCGUUAGCACUGCGAAAUUGUUAAGAGUUAUUUGAAACAUGACAAUCGACACUCGCAAUAAGUUGAUACCUUCUUUGUCGAGAUACCGUAAAAUUCCGAAAAUAAGCCCCAAAGCUCAAAUACAAAGUAAAACAAAGCAAGAACGGUAAAGUUACUUCCAAGGGCUAGCCCAAUCGAUUUCGAAACGCAAAUUUCCCUCCAUGGUAAGCCCCUCCGAAUACAGGUCCCUCCAAAAAUAAGCCCCUCAAAAAGGGUCUUUGAAAAAGAGGGGCUUAUUUUUGGAAUUUUACGGUAUAUUUACCAUUGACUAUCAAGUUCGAAUCCCCCAUACAAGCUGCUAGGUUUUUAAACCUUCCUUCAAAGGAUGGUGCUAUUCAUCCUUUAUACACCCCCUUAGAACCAUUGCAGUACCAGAGCUACUUGCAAGAUCCAGUAAUGUGGGAGCUGCUCGUAAGGUGUUUCCUCUUUGGUCACCAGAAAACAAAAACACAUCAUUUUUUUUAUCAUUAUUUCCUAUUGUUUCACGGUUAGGUUAGCGAACCAAUUGGCUUUUAGGGUUAUGUGAGCUGCUACCUAACUCUAGAUCGCUUGACUAAGAACAGUCAAAACUCGACCAAAUGCUCUGCCCUGCCCCACCCUGAUGUUUGCCUGUGUAAAACCAGUUAUGUGCUGCUGUAUUUUCAUUUGUUCUUUUUUCAGCGACAUUGACUUGAAGAAUAUCAAUAAUGUGAUUCAAAAACCGGACGCCGCGAAUGGUGAUCGCUUCUUGCUGGAUCUUGAAGUCGCUUUAAAUUGCACCGAUCAAACAUUUAGGUUGACAGAACACGUUUACCAGAAGAAAGAAAGUGGUAGCCUGUGUCUUCCUGAGGGAAUGAUUUGGAAUAACAACGCCACAAUUUAUUUUAUCAUUCCUGUCAAGGAGCAAGGAAAAUGGAUACAUCAUUUCAUCAAACAGGUCACUUCUGCAAGUGUAUUGACCGGUGAUACUAAUUUUCACGUCAUUAUCGCUGAUUUUGAAAGCAAAGAUAUUGAUAUGAAAGAAGCAUUCAACACAUCACUUCUCAAUAGGAGGCAUACUGUUGUCCAAUUACGAACUGGAAAAUUUUAUAAGACACUAGCUUUGAACAAGGCUGUUGAAGUCGUACCCAAUGCGCAUGACAUAGUCUUCUUGUUCGACCUGCACAUUGAUGUACCCGUCAAUAUUAUGGAUAGUAUUCGAAAAGUAAGUGUCUCAAAGUGUACGUUUGGGAAUAAAAUUACAUGAAUAGAAAGAUGCAAGUUGAUUGCUUGCAUUUGGGAAUGGCCACUAUUGCUAGAAGACCUAUUAAACAGGUACUAAUCUUAGGUUCAAAUUGUAACCCACCCGGUUACAAAAGUGAAUGACAAAAUCAAAGCUGAGUUUAAGGACUAAACAAUAUUUUGAACGUUUUUUGAUGACAUUUAGUCUACUUUUUAAAAAUUGUCUUUGAGAUUGUAACCCGGUUAUGCUUGAACUCCAUACAAACCCCUCUAAAUUUUUUUGGGUCGACCACAAAAAAAUUAGAAGGGUUUGUAUGGAGUUUUCUGAGUAUAACCGGCUAACAUCUCAGAGACAAUUUGCCCCGAAAUGCUCAUUUUUGGUAAGUAGGCCUCUUGGACAUUGUUCUAUCAGAGUAACCUGACAAAUCCCAUAAUUUCAGAAAUUUCAUUUUUAUGACGUCAUCACUUAGUACUCUAUUGUGGAUAUCUUUUACUUGUUUAUGACGUUAGCCUGAGAAAACAGUCGAUAUUUAGUGACGCUACCACUAGUUUCCCCGCCAAAUAACGUCUGAGAAACCAGCGCAGAAAUUCCAUACUGAUGACGCGUCACUACCCAGAUCUGGGUAGUGCCUCUGAUUGGUUGAAUCAAAUUUCCGACGCGGCAAGACCAAUCAGAAGCACUACCCAGAUCUGGGUAGUGACGCGUCAUCAGUAUGGAAUUUCUGCACUCGUUUCUCAGACGUCAUAUGGCGGAGAAACCAGUGGUAGCGUCGCCAAAUGUCGUGUGUUUUCUCAGGCUGUAAUGACGUGAGUUGUCUCAAGUCUGAACAGGGAAACCUAAACUUUCCUGGGCAUACAAUCGCACUAAACAUUCAUUCUGAAGCAGUGAUGUAUAUAUCAUUUUACAGAACACCAUAGCUGGUAGAAUGGUGUAUUUUCCUAUAGUUGGUCGCCUUAAUUGUAACAGUGAUUCAAAGGAACAUCGAGGGUUUUGGCAAAUGAACGGGUUUGGUCUUAUGGCGAUGUACAAGUCAGACUGGACAAAAUUAGGAGGUAUGCAAUAUGUGAAACUAAAAACUGCAGCUUAAGUUAUUUGGUCUGCUUCAAUGGUUUGGAAAAGACCAGGAGGGAGUCUUAAACGUGACUCGUCUGAAGGGUGCAAGGGAAGAUCCAGUGUGGUAUCUUAACGAAAGUUUAAAGUUCUAGUUAGAAUUAGAAGCAGAAGCCACGAACGGAAAACGUGUCCUGGUGCCAGUUUUUUUACAUUUAACCGGUGGCUGAAUUGCGAAAACCAAAGAUUGGAUACCAGCAUUACCGCUUAAGUGUAUGUAUGAACUCAUCCCUAACCCUAAUCCUAACCCUAACCACCCAGACCAAUGAAGGCACAUAUAAGAUAAACUACUAGGACACCGAUGUAAAGAGCGUUUUCACAUGACGUCACGGCCGCCAUAUUGGUGUUCCAAAGCAAUGAAACGGCGGCCAUGUUGGUGUACUAAGACAACCCUGUCGGAAUUGAACUCUUUUCUUAUGUAAAAACUUUCUUUUGUUCCAAUGAAUUAGCAUAGAUGCUGGCCACGUGAGUGAAAACGCUCUAUAUUUCCCCAGCGAUUGAAAAAUGUCAUGAGCUUUUUUAUGCUCCUUUUAAUUAACGUGUAAGGGUGAAUGAGACGAGGCCGAAGAUCUAUCAUUACUCCGCAAUGAUAUGCAUGUACGAUUUUAAACGUAUUACUAGUAAUUGGAUUAAAUUACGAACGAGAAAAAAGAGCCCUUUAGUUACCAGUUAUUUUAAAAGUUGCUUCAGUUUGUCUCUGAUCUAUUUGUUUGAAAAACGUAUCUUUGCCCAAACAGGAAUGAACACUCAAGACUACCAAUACAAAUGGGGCGGAGAAGACUGGGAUCUAAUCGAUCGCGUCUUGAUGAUGUCACUUGAGGUUGAACGAAUCAAGCACCCAGGCCUCUAUCAUCACUGCCAUCCAAGACAAGGGAUGUGGAAUUAGGCAAGCCUUGCCUAGUCUCUAUACGGCGUCUUUCCAAGCCCUCUCGGUCAAUGCAUUUCGGUGACGUAUCCGAGACGAACGACCGGGAGACGCCUAGACAAUCUCGGAGUGCGCAUGCGUGAGCAUUUUUGAAAAGUUCCCACGUUCAACUGAAAUAAUCUAUAAAUAAC